CACACACAACACAGGCAGUCACGUGUGCUCUGCGGUACGGCGUCGUGCUUUUCGCCCCGCCCUACCCUGCCAACCCCUGCCACCUCUCUGCACCACCAUCGAAAUACAGCAACAAUUUCUCACACACACACCCGCUCCACUGCGUGAAAAAAAAGAGAAAGCGACAGAGCUCUUACUUUAACGUAUGAAAUUUCGCAGUAAUAUUUGUUUUGUUUCUACCUCUACCUCAGCUAAAGCCCGCCCCCCCACCGUAUGUCAGCCCUUUUCACUAUUAGCAUCGCCAUCAUUGUUUGCAGCAGUCUUUUUCAUCCCCAUUAUUGCCCGCUUUUCACCCCACCCUAACCCCGGUAAAUUGAACUUCGUUUAUUCAGAUUAAUUUUAUUGAGAAAUGCUGGGUAACGGCAGAGAGGUGUGGGGGUGAGUAAUAAAUGAAUCAUUGAUUGAGUUUGAUGCAGGCAUUUAUUGGAGUGUGUUUUAGUAUGGCAUUUGUGCAUGUAUUUAUGUGGAGUGUUGCUUCGCAAUAGUGACGCUGCUAGCUUCGCUGCCUCUGUCAAUGGCUCUGACGAUAGUUGUUGUGCGACAGAACUUUUGGGGCCCCUCUAAUUAUACCCAUUACUCAGAAGCUCUCACAUCUUUCAACUUCCAGCACUAGAGUAAAACAUUUGCGCACUCUGCCAUUAGCCACUCUCGGUCUUACCUCCUCUUCUUCUUCUUCUAUUAUAUGGUCACAUAAAUAAUGUCUGGUUUAAAGAGAAACGGUUCGGUGCCGUCGCUUCCGCCGCCGCAGGCGAGGUCGCCGCCGCAGUACCCCGAUUUGUACGGGAAGCGGAGGGAGUUGGCCAGGGUUCAGAUGCUGGAAAGGGAGAUUGGCUUUCUAGACGAAGAACUGAAAUCUCUUGAGAGCAUUCCACCAGCUUCAAGAUCCUGUAAAGAGGUCGCUGAUUUUGUAACCGGAAAUGUCGAUCCUCUCAUACCUACAAUUAAGAAGACUCGUAGAUCAUGUCGUUUCUGGAAAUGGCUCUGUGGAGCGUGCUGCUUCGACGUUUCAUGGAUUUGCUGCUGUGGUUGCUCGUGGGAUCUUCGGAUGCCGCGGUGCUCCGACUGUAUGACAUGUAAUUCUUGCGGCAACCCUUGUCGGAACUGCAGAAUACCUGCGUGCCAGUGCUUCCCCUGCUGUAGUAGCAAAUGCUUUAAGAAGUGGAAAUGCAGCUUGAAGUGGUGCUGCUGCUGCAUGCCUAAGCGGUCUUCAUGCCCAACUUGCUCUUGCCCAAGGUGUACAUGCUAUCCUAAAUGUCCCAACCUAAAUAUAUGUUCAUGUUGUCAAAAAAGCUGCUGCUGCUUCCCUUGCUACUACUGUAUGUAAUUUUUUAUGAAUAUAAUCUUGUUUUUCGUCAUUUUAUCCGGGGCCCAUUAACUUGUCAGGGCUCUAAAUGUCUUUUGAUAUGGAGUACUUACAUAGGGUUGAUAAUAGGUUUCUAAUUUACUUAACAUCA